AUGGCAGAAACAUGUGAUCUUCAUGGCUGGAACCUGAAUCAGACGAUACAGGAGGUGUGGCAACUGCUUCUCAAAGAGGAAGAAGAUGAAACAGUCUACAAACUACCAACGUUCAUCAUUCUGGCCAUCCUGAUGCUGGUAGGCCUGCCUGGCAACAUCCUGGUCCUGCUCGUCUACGGCUUCCGGUUCCCAGCAUCCACCACCAAGAACUUCAUCAUGGCUAUGGCGGUGUUUGACCUCAUUAACUGUCUCCUUGGAGUGCCCUUCGAGAUGGUUGACCUGAGAUACGACAUGCAGUUAGACAUUGCUGUGGUUUGCAAGAUUAUCCGGUUCUGGAUCUCGCUGAGUGCCUGUGGAUCUGUCACCGUUCUAGUUGCUGUGUCCGUGGAUCGCUUCCGGCGGAUCUGCCAACCGUUCCGGAAACAGAUGACUGUCAGACAGAGCAAGGUGGUCAUUGCAAGCAUGACACUGCUCUCUGUGACUUUCGCGGUCCCAGCCCUCAUUUUGUACGGUCGGCACACGGAAAUCCGGUAUGGUAUGGAACUGCACGACUGCUCCAUCGAUGACGUCUACAAGACAGGGACGUUUGCUGCCAUCUACCAGUACAUUCUAGGACUUACCUGGACGGCCUCCAUCAUUGUGUUGGUCGUUAUGUACAGUUUCAUCAUCUACAAGAUCCACCACCAGAAACAACGACGGCAGAAACUCUCCGGCCAUUCACUCGGGAGCACCACGGCAUUGAACACACGGAGAGUGGACACUACGGACCACAGCUGUCGGAAGUACAAUGGCAUCACGAGAUCAAGCAAUGAACACAGUUCUUUCGUCACAUGCAGACACGUUACAGCAACAGCCCCGAAUGGAACCUGCUGCAAGCGUACCUCGGGAAGCAGCGAUAACGAAUCUGCCAAGAGUAGAGGCAGUAGGUUUGUAAAUAGAUUGUUUUCUAGGGACGUGAAUCCAAUAUUAGAAGAUGAAGACGACGAAGAAACAGCGGAUCAGAUUUAUGACGUUGAUGAGGAAGUCCUGCAAUUGUCAGACAGUGAAUGCAGUCCCAGAUUGAUCAGAUACCAGAAAACAAGUUUGAAUAACUACCUAGCUGACUCACAGGAUACAGGCUUCACGUACAGACCAGACAGUAUCCAACAGACUGAUGCAGCAGACUUCAUCCAGCAGACUGAUGUGGCAGACAUCAUCCAACAAACUGAUUUGACAGACAUCACUGACGAUACUGGUGCAGCCAUGCACAGAACUCGCAAAUACGGUCACUCUUUUGGGCGGUAUCGGCCCUGGGAAUCAGAUAAAUUGAUAUCUGGUGUGAGUACUACCAGUUCUUCCUGGGAUCGAAGCUGGAUUUCUCACAGCGACCACAAUGUCGCCUGUGCUGGAGUACAAGGCCAUUGUUACAGUUGCCAGACUGGUCGAUCAUCUUCGCUCUGCAGUCUGAAAUGUAUAGGGCAUCAGCAACAAAAUGGUGGCCCUAAAGAUACACCACGUUGCUGCGGAGACGAGGACUGUACCGUAUCGAAACAUAACAAAGAGGACAAGUCGCCAAGUCGAGCCCUAGAGAUUGGUACAGACAUGACACAACAAUCCAGUCGUGCAUCGUCACGUGCUUCCGCUGGCAGCAACCAGGUGUGUCACGGGCUGAGGGGGUCACACGUUACCCAACCUGGUGGGUGUGCUCAUGAACUGAGGACAUCACAGAAUGAAGACCCACAUUCACAAAACGGUACUCAUCAUCUCACAGACCCAGUAAAGACACACAAGACAGAGACAACUUUGUCGCUUGCCAAAAAGAAAAAAUCUAUUUCAAGGGAGAUAAAAACAUCUAAAGUUAGCAUCAUGAUGUUGAUGGUAACACUGGGUUUUGUGUUGAGUUAUCUUCCUCAUUUAUGCAUACAGAUUUUCAAAAGCAUUUCUCCCUCUACAGUAGAAAGACUCCUGUGCUCCAGUAGGGUCUACUUUCUGAUAUUACAUUUGUUAACCAGGUCGUUUUUCAUCAACAACGCCAUCAACCCGAUCAUCUACAGCUUCUACAACAAAACGUUCAGGGACCGUUGCUUACGUCUUCUCCGGAGACCCAAAUCCUUACUGCAGAGUUCAGAGCACCAUCCGGGCCAGGCACUGUCCUUCUCACAAGACAAUGAUACUUCUUAG